AUGGGUCAGUGGUCACUGAAGACUUAUAGACACACUGAAGGUGGGAUAGAACACACCUCAUGCGUGGGCUCAGAGAGGGUCCGAGGCUGUACGGAUCAUCUGACUAACAUGGGUGUUCUUCAGCUCCACAACCCCACCCUCCCCGCCACGCUCCUGCACAGGGCCAAUCAUAUGCGUCUGUCGGGAACGCUGUGUGACGUAAUCAUCACGGUGGAUGGCCAGGAGUUCCCGGCCCACCGCACCGUCCUGGCCUGCACCAGCAAGAUGUUUGAGAUUUUAUUCCACCGCAGCAGCCUGCGCUAUGCACUCGAUUUCCUCUCCCCCAAGACCUUCCAGCAGAUCCUGGAGUAUGCCUACACGGCCUCCCUGCAGGCCACGGCCGAGGACCUGGAUGACCUGCUGUACGCUGCUGAGAUCCUGGAGAUAGAGUACCUGGAGGAGCAGUGCCUCAAGGUCCUGGAGACCAUCCAGUCAGAGGAGAAGCAGGACCACCUGAGUCUGAGUGGGAGGAACCAUGGGUCUGGAGAGAGUGAACAAAGCAGGGCAAGGCACUGGAGGAACAUGCUAAUCUCCAAGAAGCAUUCCAUGCAGGAGGGUGGUAUCAACCCCACCGCCCUGCACCACCUGGCACUGUACCACAUGACUGACAGGAGUCCCUCUGGGCCAGGGGGACUACCUAUGGGGCUCCCUGUAGCCAGCCCAACACAAGAUGGAGGGGUUAGUCUGGAGGGCCUGGGUCAGUCUCCACUGCAGUACAGCCUCAAUGGAGCCCAGGAGCCAUUCCUGCCUCUGGCUAAGAGGAUAAAGACAGAGGACAAUAACAUGCAGGUGGAUGAAGCCAAUGGCUACGAGGGCCGGUCCAACAGAGGAGGGGAGGGGGGCUGUGAGUCGGACCAGCCAAGAGAAGAGGGCCCGGGGACCCCCCAAAGAGGCAGUGUCAUCACAUCUGCUAGAGAGCAGCACUCGGGCCAAGAGGAGGGGGGCAUAGUGGGGAACAACUCUCAUCUGGACAGUUUCCCUGGGCUGGCUGAGAAACACCUGGCCUCCCUCUACUCCUCCAUGCCCUCCAACCACAUAGGGGAGUUGGGGCUGCCUAUGCCCAUGUCGGUGGCCCCUUCCCUGGCCAUGUCCCUGGACCUGAGGGCCUAUGGGGGGCUCCUGAACCAGGGCCUGCUCCACAGGGAGAUCCUCAGCAGGCUGGGACAGUUUGCAGCAGGGAUGAGGCGGGAGGGCCAGAGUCAGACUCAGAGCAGUGGGGACUGUGGUCUCCAGCUGCACGACAGAGAGGUCAUGGAGCAACACAGGAAGCUGCACAGUGAAGGAGAGAAGGAACACGGCUGUGAGUUUUGUGGCAAACACUUCAUGGACAGUGUACGGCUCAGGAUGCACAUGCUCUCUCACUCAGCUGGAGCUGAGGCCCUGGUGUGUGAUCAGUGUGGAGCUACAUUCUCUGCUGAAGAUGCUCUGGAGGCCCACAGACAGACACACACAGGGACAGACAUGGCAGUGUUCUGUCUGCUCUGUGCCAAGCGGUUCCAGACCCAGAAGGCUCUGCAGCAGCACAUGGAGGUUCAUGCAGGGAUGCACAGCUACAUCUGCAGCCACUGUGACCACCCCUUCCCCAGCCACACCACCCUCAAACGCCACCUGCGCUCACACACAGGUGACCACCCGUUUGAGUGCGAGUUCUGUGGGAGCUGUUUCCGGGACGAUGGCAUGUUGAGGGGACACAAACGUAUCCACACGGGAGAGAAGCCUUACGAGUGUAACGGCUGUGGCAAAAGGUUCAGCCUCAAGCAUCAGCUGGAGACCCACUACCGCGUACACACAGGCGAGAAACCAUUUGAGUGCAAGAUCUGUCACCAGCGAUCCAGAGACUACUCUGCCAUGAUCAAGCACCUGCGCACCCACAACGGAGCAUCGCCCUACCAGUGUACCAUCUGCCAGGACUUCUGCCCCAGCCUGGCAGCCAUGCAGAAACACAUGAAGAGCCACAGACCCGAGGAUGUGCCCCCGGACUGGAGGAUAGAGAAGACCUACCUGUACGUAUGCUACGUCUGAGCAGGUCUUAGACACUAAGACACACUAUCCUAGGAGUGGACAGGUUUUUCAUCGUAUUCUUUCCUCUAAAGAAGAGUAAGUUGAUCAUUUCUGUGGUUUGAUUGGUUUUAUCACUGCGUAUGUGUUGAAGACUGAAAGACUACUGGUCAGGUUACCACAGCAGUGAAAGUGUUAUCUGUUAUUACAUCAAACCUGCGUAUGUGUUGAAGACUGAAAGACUACUGGUCAGGUUACCACAGCAGUGAAAGUGUUAUCUGUUAUUACAUCAAACCUGCGUAUGUGUUGAAGACUGAAAGACUACUGGUCAGGUUACCACAGCAGUGAAAGUGUUAUCUGUUAUUACAUCAAACCUGCGUAUGUGUUGAAGACUGAAAGACGACUGGUCAGGUUACCACAGCAGUGAAAGUGUUAUCUGUUAUUACAUCAAACCUGCGUAUGUGUUGAAGACUGAAAGACUACUGGUCAGGUUACCACAGCAGUGAAAGUGUUAUCUGUUAUUACAUCAAACCUGCGUAUGUGUUGAAGACUGGAAGACUACUGGUCAGGUUACCACAGCAGUGAAAGUGUUAUCUGUUAUUACAUCAAACCUGCGUAUGUGUUGAAGACUGAAAGACUACUGGUCAGGUUACCACAGCAGUGAAAGUGUUAUCUGUUAUUACAUCAAACCUGCGUAUGUGUUGAAGACUGAAAGACUACUGGUCAGGUUACCACAGCAGUGAAAGUGUUAUCUGUUAUUACAUCAAACCUGCGUAUGUG